UUGUUUCUUCUUCUAGCAUCUGUUGCUGAAGGAAUUACUGAUGGAAGAGCAGCAACAACAGCAGCAGCAGCAUCAGCGGCAGCAGCAGCAGCAGCAGCAACAGCAGCAUCGGCAGCAAUAACCGGGCUAAACCCGUACAACAAUCUAGUGAUCGAUUUGGAUAAUCAUGAUGAUGAGCUUGUGAUAGUUACGGACGAGUCCCAGGGUGGAAAUAAUGAUGGCGCUGGUGUCGAAGUUAUUAUUAAUAAUGAUGAUGAUGAUGAUAAUGGCAUUAUCAAUAUUGAUGAUGAGAAUGUUGAACAACAACAACAGCAGCAGCAGCAGCAGCAUGAGGAUAUUGUGCUGGAUGAUGGCGAAGAGGAUGAACAGGCCGACGAUAGCGUCCUUGUUAUUGAUAGGGAAAAUUGA